AUGGUCAGAGACUGUAGACAUGAUACAAGAGAUGGUCAGACACUGUAGACAUGAUACAAGAGAUGGUCAGAGACUGCAGACAUGAUACAAGAGAUGGUCAGAGACUGCAGACAUUAUACAAGAGAUGGUCAGAGACUGCAGACAUGAUACAAGAGAUGGCCAGAGACUGUAGACAUGAUACAAGAGAUGGUCAGAGACUGCAGACAUGAUACAAGAGAUGGUCAGAGACUGCAGACAUGAUACAAGAGAUGGUCAGAGACUGCAGACAUGAUACAAGAGAUGGUCAGAGACUGCAGACAUGAUACAAGAGAUGGUCAGAGACUGCAGA